CGACAAUCAUCCCCUCCCAUCACGACAGUGGCGAAAUGCGACGACUAUGAUGGGUACUUCUAUGUCACCAGCAGAAACUAUACCUGGCAACUGCAAUGUGCCACGAAUUACAACGGAGACAUCUUAUCUCAGGCCAAUGUGGCCAACUUCAGCCUCUGCAUUGGCACCUGCGUCGAUUACAAUCGCGCCAAUUCUCCAGGAGCCUGCUUGGGAAUAACGUUCAACGGGCCCAAUGACGGUGCUGUGGGAUUGUGUACGCAGUACUCAGAGGUUUCUGGGACGGUCCUUGCGGACGAAGAAGGAAAUGUUCAAGACUCAGCUCUAUUGAUUCUCGGUCCCGGAGGAGAGAUAUUUGCGACGCCUCAGCCAGAUCCAACUUUCUCUGGAGCGCCGACUCAAGCACCUUCGGUCGACCCCUUGCGAAGUACGACAACCACCACUACCAGCUCGGACGAGAUGAUCACAACAACGCCAUUGUCAACCACUGCCUCGCGGAGCUCAAGCGGCACUCUUCCGGCUUUGAGCGGUACGACCACGAUAACAACCACACUGUUUACCACUUCUUGUCCUCCCUGGGCGGCAGCUUGUCUCCUUCCAACCACAAGCACCAGCCUUGCGAAUAGUGCUGGCCCUCCGCCAGUGUCGACGUCAAUAACCACCAGUGCCUCUGUGUCUCAAUCGAGCAGCGCUCUUUCGCUUUCUAUCCCAGAUAGUAGCUCACGAUCCUCCAUGUCAAGCUCUACAACCGUUGGACUUCCGCCGCUGCAAACACCCACCUCCUCUGCAGAGUUCACGGUUGACCCGGUCCAAGCGACUUUCGCAACCGUCGUCCCUUUCACACAGUACAGGAUUCAGAUCGUAGAGAUUUGUGCUGCCACGGCGACUCCGUGUUCCACGUCCACGGUCACGUCAACCAUAGUUGGACGACGAACAGAGAUAUCGUGCUCCCCGGGGGCUUGUUCAGGGGUGAUGUUGGCUACAGGCUUGAUGGCUGAUUUGGCAGCGACGGGUGUUUGUGUUGUACUAUGA